AUGCACCUAUUCGGAGCAGUUGUCACGAGCCUCGUGCAGUUCAUAUCUCCCACCACGGAACAGGAGGUAAUGAACGUGCUCCGCGACAUGGGAAAGAUGGGCCUGAAGCUGAACUCGCACUUUAUGAACUCACUCAUCUACAUGUAUCUCCACAACGAUCAGCAAGAGAAGGCCUAUGAGCUGCUCAACCGAACGAAGGCGGGGACUGACAUCGAGCCGAACGAGUUCAUCUACACCACCUUCCUGCGGUACCACCACGACCGACGGGAGUACGACCACUGCAAAAAGCUCCUGGCCCGGAUGCGCCACGAUCGUAUUCCCCCCACGCACGCGGCCAUGAGCACCUUCAAAUUGCUAGCAGGUGCCCACACACUCCCCUUCGCCGUGCUUGCGUUGACGCGACGAUGA